CUCUUCCUUUUUUUCAGGAUUAAUGAUUUAGUACAAGAUGUCUGAAAAGCCGAUUCGUGUUGGCCAGCGUGUAGAAGUCAACGGCAAAGAUUCCCUAGGGACGGUAGCCUUCGUUGGCAGCACACAUUUCUCGCAGGGAAAGUGGGUAGGCGUCAUUCUAGAUGAAAAGAAGGGGAAGAACAAUGGCUCAGUGCAGGGAAAGUCAUACUUCCAGUGUGAUGAUGGUUUUGGUAUAUUUGUACGGCAAAGUCAGUUAGUCCCCUUAGACACAGAGGAAGAGGGUGAGGAUGGCUCUGUUGAGACCACUCCAUCCGCCUCUUCCUCUGCAACGACACCGGCCAGUGACAAACCCAAGUCCAGGUUACCUAUGUUUGGUAAAUUGCAGCAGCCCCGAGCGUUUGGGUCAACCAUUCCAACCCCUCCAGGUUCUUCCCAUCUUGCUAGAACCCCCUCCCUCACCAGUGUGUCCUCCUCCCCUUCCCUCUCUCCCCUUACAAAGACUCCAUCCCAGACCUCCCUUCGGUCAUCCAAGACUGACAUCAGUAAACUCCAAGGGUCGAAGUCCGACCUGACCAAAUCAGAGUCCCUCAGCAAUGUAUCAAGAGUUACCCCAAAACUUGACUUGUCAAAGGUUUCAUCCAAAAUUGAUUGUGGUGAUAAAUCCCUUUUAAAGCGCCCCCCCUCUGUGUCCUCAAUUGAUUCUAUGGAUGGGGGGACAGUUAGCCCCCGGGGCCUACCUUCCAAGGCUAUUGGCUCCACCCCAUUCCGUAAGCCCAUUGCCCCCACCCCAUUGAAGUCCAGCACAAGGAAGAGCGAUCCACAGGCCAAGUAUGACCGAAAUCAUUUAUGCUUUUCUUUUCCCAGUGUACAAAUCUGACUAACUUUCUUGUAAAUGUUAAAGAUGGCCUUGGG